GGAAUAAAUGGAAGAAUUGAUGUUCCCAGCGGUGUGAAUCUGGCACUUCAUGAAAUGAUGUGCACUACGGAGGGUGGCGGGAGGCAAAUUUCACACAAUCCAAUCCCACAGCACAUGCGAGCACAGAACAGGUUAUAACCAAACAUUUGUAUAUGGGUGCGAAAGGCAGUUGUGUUAGAUUGAGUCAGACCCCUGAUAUUCACGUGGCUUUUUAAAAUGGCUGGGAUAGCUGUGUUUUCCUGUUCAUUUUUAACAUCUGGGGAUUUUCCACGUCUCAUACUCUAAAAUAAGUGACUGGAUUUUCCGAAGUUGCUAAGUAAAGGACAGCAUAUAUAACCCAGGAAGCCCUCUCAUCAGACAUCCCUUCUUGACCUAAUUUUCAGCAAGGGCUAAGCAGCUGCUCUCUCAAAAAACAGAUUGCUUAAUGGCAUCCAAGGCUGGAGGCAGCCAAAUUUAGGAUUUUGCAGCCAAAAGAAAGAGCGGACUAAGGUUCCCCAUAGUAAUGUGGACGUUCAUCUGGAGGCCUGCUGGCCAAAACAAAAAUGAAAACGUCUUUUGUUUCUACCCCUAAAGAGUAGGAUGCUUUGUAGCUUCUACAGGGAAAUCACCUGCCUAUUGCACUUUAAGGCACUCUCCUGAGUCCAUGCUGCAAGCUCCUCUCUCCCUUUGCCGCAGAGAUUCCCUGCAACCUUCCGGUUCCCACCUCGCUGCUUCCACGGCCACAGGGCCACCACAGCCCCUGCGGAUUUUCCUUUGUCUUCCUACUUUCCCAGAGAAGGCAACAAAGUUGGAUGCUAGCUCUUCUGUCCUUCUGCAGAAGAUGGAAGGCGUUCUACUGAUCCUGGCACUGACAGAAGAGCUGGUGUUUUCUGUUCAGGUACUGUCUCCCACUGUCUCCUCCUCUCAGGGCUUCCCGAUGGACACUACCACUGUCACAGCCAUGGGAACAACACCUCGCCACAAAGACCGCCACGCGGCAGAACCCCUUCCCACGUCCACUCGCGCCAUUCCCCACGCCAUCAGCCUGGCAGAGAAAGCCCCUUCCACCGGGCAAAAGCAAGCGAGUGGCCCGCGUGUCGGCGAAAAGGAAACGUAUCAUUUAUACAACCAGAGUGCUUUGUACUCGGGACAGACUCGCCCCAAGGGGAAAAUAUUCCAGGUUUUCAAAGGCAACUUUACAGAGUCCUCAGAGCCUUACCUAAAGACGACCCUGCACUCUCCCUUCCCCACCCUGAGGAGCCCUUUCACAGACCACCCGUUUCAGUCCCAGACCGCAGCGUCCAGUGAUCCGAAUGGCGCGGGGCUGGCAAGAACUACACACUCAGACCCUUCUCCCCACCGCAACGCCUCGGGAAGCCUUAGAGAAGCAGAGCGAGGGGACGGGGCCGAGCUAGUGGUGCAAGAGGCAGAUUUUGCCACCACAACUGCUGGACCAUCAACUGAUCCUGAAGCAGUGUCGGUGCCUUUUAAACACACCCGCUACGGCGUAUGGGAUAUGCUGAGCAAAAACAACUCUUGGGUAACCUUGAAUCUCAGUACAAAUGUCCCUCUGUUUGCUGGCCCUGGAUCUGCAACGGCAGCAGCGGGUCACUCGGUUCAGACCAGUUUUGACGUCAGCGUCUCCUCCCCAGCAGCGGGAGACCCCAAGGGACCCGCUCCGACGCAGCACGGCGCGGCGACCAACACGACCUUGCUGGGCAGUGCUCUCUCUGCAGCGCCCGCCACGGGGUUGUCCAGCUCCAUUUCCACGGCUGGCUCCACCGCCACCGGGAACUUCCUAAACAGACUGGUUCCUGCGGGGACCUGGAAACCUGGGGUGCAAGGAAAUAUCUCCCAUGUCACCGAAGGGGACAAACCCCAGCACAGAGCUACCAUCUGUCUCAGCAAGAUGGACAUUGCCUGGAUCAUUCUGGCUAUCAGCGUACCUAUAUCCUCAUGUUCAGUUCUGCUGACAGUCUGCUGCAUGAGAAGGAAGAAAAAGACAUCCAACCCAGAAAACAACCUGAGCUAUUGGAAUAAUGCUAUUACCAUGGACUACUUCAACAGGCAUGCUGUAGAGUUACCGAGAGAGAUCCAGUCCCUGGAGACUUCAGAGGACCACCUCUCCGAGCCGCGCUCCCCCGCCAACGGCGACUACCGCGACAGCGGGAUGGUCCUCGUGAACCCCUUCUGUCAAGAAACGCUGUUUGUAGGACAUGAGCAAGUCUCUGAAAUAUGACCCCACAGCUGCCCGCUUAUUGCAGUUUCAUCUCUACUGUCUCCAAAUUAUAAAUAAAUAUAUAUAUUAUAAAUAGAACCUUUGUGUAACCCUGAAUUACAAGAAAUGUUUUCAGCUUUUCUUUUCUCCCUCAGAAUUGUCAGCCCCUUUUUUAUAAGUGUGGUAAAACUUUACAGAACAGACUGUGGCUUUAUAAAAUAAAGGUAUU